AUGGUACGGUUUGCUGCGCCAGUUAUAUCCAGCGCAGCUGUGGCACGAGCUUCUCAGGUUAACCAGCGAGCGAGAACUCGAUUGAACUCAGAACUUUCUGAUGUUACGAAUACGCGGAGUGGAAGGCCAGUAAGAUUGCCUUCUCUCUAUCCUACAAUAUCACUUCAAUCUUUACACUCGCGAGAAAAUGGCCUAGACUCUGAUCAAUCAACAGGAGCACCUUCUUCGCAAGAUAACAAUCAUGAACCAAAGCAAGGGGCCAAAGUUAAAAGUUCUUCUUUGGUGGUCGGAGCUGCCGGCAUUUUGAGGACUGCCACGGCGUUCGCUGUAGAUAACACAACAGCAGAAGCAACAGUUCAACAAGCAGAAGAACAAAUAGAAGAGCCAAAAUGCGAGGUAAAUAACUUCCGUAUCUGGCUUCUUUACAUUUCUUCAUCGGCUCUAAUCGUGGGCAUGCCUAUGAGCGUGUUUAGCACAUAAAAUUCGAUUUUUUUUUCUGUCGCAUGGUAUAUUGGCUUUGUAACUUUCUUGUUGUCAUGUAAGGUGGCGACCAAUUGAGUUAAAAACAUUGAUAUCUAUUAUGUCAGGUCAGCUGUUAAUUUUCCACUCUUCCUUAGUCUGCAGGCAAAAUAAAGAUAUCUUAUGUUAUUUUUCUUAAACAUUUGUGUUCUUCAACUUCCGACGCUAGAGUUUAGGAGAAAAAGCUUUAAGCUGGCUGCUGCGCUUUGUAUUAAACCAAGCUGUUUUAUUCUUUGCCAUUUCCUCCGUCAUAAAGCCGACAGCCUUAAUUGUUUCACUGUUUUCCGUAAAUAUGCCCGCUUCAAGCUAAUAAAAGGCUUUUUCUCGGCAGGCUAGUCAGUAGUAAGUUCAUUUAUGUUUUUUCUAGCUCUUGUUUCUGUUUUGUGAGAAUUUUGUGCUUUUAAGUUGCUGAUUACUUUUUUAGUGUGUGAUCAAUUUCUCAGUGUAUCCAGUCUGUUUUACCUACAAUUAUUUGGUGUAUAUCGGCUUCUACUCAAUGGAGAAGUCUUAGGAGCAGUAAUUGUAAGAGCAAUUAUUUUUACCAUUGAAAACUCAAAACGAUUUACAAUAUAAUCGAGGCCAUCUUUUCAGAUCUCGUUCUGUUAGAACCUUGUACAAACGCUCAGCUUGAGCACGUGAAUAUUCACAUUGAAAUCGAGUGUUUCGGUUUGGGGAUUUUCCUUAGGACCGUUAUAAGAUACAUGAAAGCACUCAUAAAAAAAUCCCCUUUUCGAUCUCAAAAUGAUAAGUCGGUAUCAAACUAUAUGUUCGGUACUACUGUGAAUGCUAGAAACCAUGUAGUAAGGCUCUUUUAACAAGGAACACAAAAGUUUAGUCUUCCCCUGGUUACCAUGGCAGCAGGCUACUUCUCUUUCCUUUCUCUUCAUGACACGGCAGUUUUUACGUAAAAAUGUUGUUGUAUCUUCAUCGAUAAUUAUUUAUAUUUUUGUCAAAUUUAAGGGUUGUUCAAACCUAGGAUAUGAAGACAUGAAAUACGACCAAACUCUUUUUUAUCCCUGCUUUAUUACCGACGACGUAAGCUCCAGUCGUAUAUUAAAGUCAUUCUUUGCUCGUACAAAAUUUCAAUGCGCUCAAUUCAGGAUAGUUAACAAAUCAAGUUUGUUUUAUGUAACGGGAUUUUUUUUCUUUAUCGAACGGCUUUUUGAAUCCAUAAAAUGUUCGUUAAGAUGUCUACAGUAGCUACAAUCUGCUACGCUGAAGAAGCAACGUUUACUGACGCACUGAAGAGAAGCCGAAUACUGUUUACAUUUCCUUUUGUUUUAAUUCAAAUUAAAUAGCAGGAUCGCAUUCUGAACACAAUUUUGAAUUGCCUUCUAAAGUUCCCCUCGUCUUUGAAAAUAUUUUAGUCGUAGCUUUAAUGGUCAUGUUUGCCGCUAUUUAAUUAUCCACUGUGCCUGCAGUGGGUUUCAAAUCUAGAAAGCGAGGUGUUAUAUUAACAUGUAAAUGUUUAGUUACAUUCGAGCAACGUCUGUGUUAUAAUCAGGAUUCAUAUCAGCUGCCGACUGCGUGCAUUAAUGCGUUUUCUGCGUGCAUAUGUUUAUUUUAAUUUUGAAAGGUGUUUUAAGCUCUUGAAAUAACAUAGUGUGUUUGUUUCCCUAGCUUUUUUAAAAAAACUGGUUUUGGCUCUUAACUUUACCGUCCAACCCGUUCGGACUCGUUCAACUACUACUUCAACAAAUACUCGAUCAACGACAUCGAUGGUAUUAUCGUGUUGAUUUGAAAAUAACUGUUUCAUGUGAAAAAAAUCUUUUGUCAAACUGUACGGAUUUUUAGUUUGAGCAACAACCAGCCAAAGUCCUGAAACGUCCGACAACGAACACUUUCGUCAAGAACUAAACUGAAAUUUGAUCAGUGUUAAGCAAACUUGACAGUUUUUCACUUUAUAGCAUUAGAUCUGACCAAGUUACUCAACUUAAUUGCCUGUGAAAAUGGGUUGGUCUUUCCAGUUAAUAUUAUGCAUUAAUUAAACUAACCCAAAUAGAAGGCUUACAAUUCAAACGAAAUCAUCAUUUCUUUAAAAUGGCCCAGUUGUCGCAGUAUAGUCGAGAUUUCUGAGACACAUCUUUGAUUCUCUUUUUAAAACUAUUAAUCAAGCUACAAAUAAACUUGAACCUUUGAGAGAAAUAAGAUAUCUUUCCAACAGCGUUUUAAUAGCUGCCGACUUUUACGAGCAGUUUGUGUCAGUUGCUCUUUUAAAAAAAAAGAUCAAAGAAACGGUCGUUUAGUUUUUGGUACAAUUUGUUUCAAAUCGCCUCUAAUUGAUCUUACAAAGAACAUAAGAAGGCUGGAGACGAAAUUUCGCACAGAUCCAGCCAAGUCAAUUGUGUUUACGAGGAAAGAGUUAUUAGUUCUGAUUUCCAUGUAGUCUUUUGGAUCGCCUCUUUGGGACAAUCAUGACAUUUCGGACAAAAAUAUGGAAAACAAGGUUGAAGGAAGGUUGAAGCAUGAUUCAUGAUUAUGACCCAGGCGCGGGCCGGCCGUCACCACCCACCAUAGAUCCUAAGCCGGUAACAGAAAUAGAUCAAGAUUAAAAAAAAACUUUUUUAACACUUAAUGUAAUACUAAUGAAAAGAUGAGACACUGAAUUGAGAAGCAACAGUUGCGGAAUAUAUCACACGGACUGAGUCUAUUAAUCACGCCGUUUCAGCUGCGCCGGUUUUUUAUUUUGAUAUCUUUUGCAUCCCUUUUAUGAUAAUUCCCUGACAGUUGCUUUAUUUCAAGAGAUAUGAACAUAUCGAAACGUAUAUACUUCUUCCCAAGUCUCAACAACCAAAUCAGAUUUAUAGUACUAAAAGAAAAAAAAAUCAGACAAAGUGAGUACUAUUACCGACACUAAAACGCACGAGCUCUUCUCACGAAAACAGUUAAUUUUUCGAACUAUCAAAAGUAAACAAAAAAUAUAUAAAAUAAGGCUAAAGAGAUCUAAUAUGCUAAAUUGUGUGGUAAUUUUUGUUAUGCUUUAACAAAUACCGUCAUGUAACCAGAAGGUUUGAAAUUAGGGUGUACUUUAAAAAGUCCUGUCAUAGUCUUGUUUUUAGGUUCACUCAAGCCCACCACUAAAUUGCGAUUUACAUUACGAUUUGCAUCCUUUUCUCGAGAAACUGAAGAUGCGAUCGUUAGGUAUAGAUUAUAACAUUGAAACUUUAUUGUGUCAUUGGGAUGACAACACCCUUCUGUCUUUUUUUUUUCUUAAACCAGAUGUCUGGUUUUACGGUGUUCUAGAGCUCACCUGGGCAACAAAAUUUUGCGGAAAAAAAUGUCAAGUUUAUUAUUGGAGAGGCUAAAUAUAAUCGCUUUCCCGCCUAAAGUGACAAAAAUAUUACGACCAUUUUAACUGCAACGGGUCAGCUUUUAUCAACAUAAACCACACAAUCGGUUUGGCUCUAUAAUACGACCGAGUUGGCCGCAAACUGUCGAUUUCAUUAACAGGUUUUCUAAUGGUUUUCGAAUCGAUUGACGGCACGCGCACUCGUUAGGCAAUCUUCCUUAACUUUAAAAUGGGUUAAUGCGAUAUUCUUUUUCAUUAGAUUUGUUGAAAAAGGCCUUUAAAUGCUUCUACCAGUCUGGAAGCCUGCUUAAAAUUCCAGCUUUAAUCUAUUUAUAUGCGCGAAAUUAAUUCAACUGGAGUCCAAUACGCGAAACCUUCAGCACCUUUUACCAUCGCGGCAGGUGCGACGUCUACAAUGGUUUCCAUGGUGAUAAGAACCUUCUACGUCAUAAAACUUUACACCGAAGAGUCUUCGUUUACGGACCAUAAAGUUGUACCACGUCUGAAAGUCGCUUAACCUAGGAGAAAAAAGACAGAGGAGUGAGAUAACAGAUUUGUCGGUAUUUGGUAUAUUAAUAUGUUUGUCUCCUCGUCCAUGAGAAAAUAAGUGGGUAAUCGGACCGCAAUAUAGUUUUAACAACUUGGUACGACAGUCUUACCAUGAGGCGGGCUUUUAAUUUGUUUGUUUCAGUGCUGUGGAGCAGGAAAAUAUUAUUAAUUUUAGGAUUGUAUUAGCCAUCAGGGACUCAACAGGACAAAAAUCGGAGGUCACAUUCAGAUCUUGAUGAAGCAUUUUAAAAAUGCAAUUUCGGCUUAACCGCAACCAUGAAAUCGAGCGCAAGUUUUAGAAUAGCGCCGAAGACUUCAAAUCUGAGCACUAACGCAAGCAAAAGGAAUAUUAAUCAUAGCUCAUCAGGGACGUCUAUAAAUGGGAUUUCCCUUAAUUCAAGUUCAAGUGAAACUCAAACAUGCCACAACUUCGUGCCGAUAUCAGGAGAAUAUCUUGGACAACCGCUGGAGGAUUUCGAUUCCCCGCAAACAAAUGUAAGUCAAAUAAUUUCGCUAAAUAUUGAUCUUACGUGAAAUUUAAGUUGAAUUUCUUCCGGCUUCCCAGAAGGUUAACUCUGAAGAAAUCUAACAAGGCAGAAAAUCUUGUGGCUGAAUCGACCGAGGCCUUCAUACAAAUAUGUCUUGAAUACCUUAUCAUUCAUUUCCCUCCUUUGUAUUACUUAUAAAAGGUAACUGGUGGAAAAAUCGAUGUUGUCGAUCUCAUCAAUUUUUGACCUCAGAUUUUCCAAAAAAAAUGUACAUAACUUUACGGCAAUGUGAUGCGAUAUUCCACCUUGCGUCAAAAUUGUUGGUGGUAAUUCUAUGGUUUUAUUUGAAAUUAGAGAAUUUUAUAAACCAGGGAACGAAAGUAAAUUUAUUUUGGUUAUAUAUAGAAAAGCUGUAUUCUGUUUCAGGCAAAAUCUAUUUUCAAUGUAGUUUUUAAAACCAUGUUCAGCUCCAAAUAGAAAUGGAAAAUAAAUAAAUGUAAGGUAGACUUUUAUUGUUAGUUAGAAAACAAACAGUUUUGGACGAAAAUUGAUUUAAAACUGAAAAAAAUCCGCUUGAAUCACUUAUGUAAGUGAAUGUAUCUGAAUGCUACUUGUCGCGGCGAGUUUUAUUUCAAUAAUUUUUACUGAGGAGAUGAAACCCUAAACUUACUUCUUCCUAGUGAUUUUAUUACGUAAUGUUACUUAUUUUAAACCAAUGUAAAGAGAAAGCUCAUCAGUUCGUGAUGAGAUCUAUGAUCCUUGUGAGUCAGUAUUUGACUAAUGAAAAAGCAGGCCUCUUGCCCGCGGUAAAUCCUGCCGGCAAAAUUCUUUUCUUCGCAUUCAACGUACAUAAAUGAGGAAGAAACGUUUUUUUUUUAAAUAAGCAAGACCAAACCUUGUAAGAUAUUUAUUAGUUUCAUAUUUAGUGCCAAAGUAACUGUUUAGCGUUGUUAAGGAAUAUUUUCGUUAAAUGCAAUUGAAAUAUUUAAGCCGGCUGUGCCAGACCGCGGAAUUCAUUAUGAAAAGACAAAUUCAUACAGUUUUGCCUUAUUUUUCCAAUACUUCUAAAAACCCUUCAUUUAAAAUGCACAAUUGAGAAUAUUAUCUGCUACAGUUGAAAGUUACACAAGUCGUGUCGAACUUGGACUACAUUGAGAUAAAACAAUUAAACAGAUUCACAAUCAGUUGAACUAGGAGUUAUUCAGAUGCAAAUGAAAUAGUGCCGUAAAUCUUAAAAUAUUUAUGGAAGAUGCACUGAAGAGAUUACCCCUUCCUUUCAUAAUUAUAAAGAGCCUUAUUAUUCAAUUCCUUUCAUCAAAAAUGGAUUUUGACAUAAUGUUUUCUCAGUUGUGUCAGUAUAGUUUUUGUACGUUCACUCUUCAGACUUUUCCAUUAUGAACCGGAAAAUAAGUGAUAGAAUGAAUAAGGUUAUGAUGUAAAUAAAUUAAAUGAACAAACGCAUUUGCUGUUGGCUUUGGCUACUUAAAUUUGAAAAAGAUCAUUUAGGCUGUUUACAUAUGUAUCUUUUUUCUUGCUGUGUUUUCUUUGUAUUUUUUGCGCGAAUAAUUAUUUGUCGACUCUUUUUAAAAUUUGAUACUAUUGUAUUUCAUAAAACAUUAUGUGAGUGAAACGAACGAGAUUCCAAUGUUGAGAUAAUAUCGUCUUACAAAUAGCUUUUUUUUUGCGUAAACUACGCACAGUAAGUCAAAUCUGUCAUUUUUUUGUCACUAUCCAAUAUAGAUGCGGCGCAAGCACAGCGUGCGCCAGCGUAUUGGUCAAAUUGUUUUUCAAGUCUCCUCAGCCACAGCAUCGAUUGAUUAAAUAAACAUUACACGUCUUGGAGACACAGAGAUCAAGUAAUUCUAAUCAAUCAGAAUUAAUCUAAUAAAAUCCGCAUUUCGUCCCUUCCGUUACCUAAUACAAUCUUUCUGAAUGUGCUUAAACUCGUUAAAUUUAUUAAAUUAAUCUACAACCUAAUCUCUCGGUAGAGGUCGUACAGCGAAUACUAUAAGAGGCCUUCUCCUACUACAUGUCCAGAUUAUAAAGGUUCAGAUUGAAGAGGACUUAAUUUGCAAUGUCAAUUUGUCUCGCUUUAAAGUGCCUCUAAUUAAUACCUUGUACUACUGAUUUGCUCUUGCUACCUUGCUUGUGUAUUCUCAGUGUGUUUCUGAAAUUAAUAAACAAACCCUUUUCAGAUCGCUGCUAGUAAGUGGAAGAAAACACAGCUAACUGAAGAUCAUGAUUAUGCUGCAAAAUAUGACUGACAUUUAGACGACAAACGAGCUAUAGAAACUUUUAAUUACAACCCUCCUAUUUACCAAAAGUACCCUAUUCAAUUUAAUGGCUUGUAUUUGCGACCAACCAGUAUGCAGAGCGUUUUGAAUAAGAGUACUGCAGCCCUUUACCCUUUAAAUCUCUCAACAUCAAAAACAUAUCAUAACCCCACCACUACGGAACAAUUUCUCAUGCGCUUCUUUAUCUUUCAAUGGCUUGGGCAGUGCAGGUUCGCCUCUACUCAAAUAGUUUGAGGCCUGGGUCUCAUAGGUUUACCUCUGAUUUUUGGCUUUAAACUUCGUCAAAGAGAAUUGGUACAAAAAACCUUAACUUAGCAUUUUACAUGUAAAGUACAACUAUCGCUUCAUUUAGUCAAGUGAUACGUCAUGUGACCACUUUACUUAAAAUCGUAAAUAACUGAUAAGUUUAAGACAAGUUUUAGUUUGGUGACGCGUUUAAGAAAAGAAGUCAAGUAAUAACAUUUUUGCGAUUCAAAUGUUUCAACGCUUCACUUUUGGAUUGACCGUCCAUUGCAAAUCAAUAACAAAUUAUGACGACAAACGUCAUUUCUAAGGCUCAAAUUCAGUCAGAUUAAAUAAUUCAAAACUUUCAUUUUAAACUUUGGUUACAUUCAUUCCAAACGUAGAAAGACAAAUUUUUUCUUCUAUCGUAAACCCUAAUUCAUUUAACAAUCCAAAGCAAAUUUGCUAUCAAUUCGCCGAUUUCCUUCACUUUUAUUUUUUGACCACUUGACAUAUCUGGGGAACAUUUCAUCUUUUUCUAGUUAUCUAGAGAGAUCUAUUGUGAAACAGUCAUAUUUGCUAAACACCCCUUUGACCCCGGGCCUAAACCUCUUUCGUACGUUUACACUCCCAUUUGACAUAGUUGUUUCUCGUAUCAUUGGUGGGUUUUGAAAUAACUGCUCGUUACUUUCAGCGGGUAAUUAGUAGUUCUAACCGGUUUGCCUUUGAUGCCAUCUCGUGCCCUAAGCACAGGAGGAUAUUUAGAAGAGAGAUAACGAGGUUUUGUGUUAUAAUGUAUGUGGUGAGGUUGUGUGUUACAUAUUAUUUUCAAAGGCGAAGCCUCUAUUCUCAGUUUAGCUUCUUAACAAGUGUUGUUCAUUUCCUUUCUUUUUCAGACAUUUUUGAUAGUUGCCAACCGCCUUGGUAGGCAAUACGUGUUUAGAUUUAGCAAGGAGAAAUCGUUGUAUUUAUUUGGGCCGCUCAAUUCAGUGAGGAGAGCAAUAAUUAUUCUUAUCACAAAUCAGUAUCCUUUAAUUAAUUCCAAAAGCUGCUGCUUAAGCCCUGCUUAAGCCUCGGGGGAAGGGGAGGGGAGAUAUUUAUGUAUCUACCUUAUACUGAAUGAAGAACACUUUACGUUUCACCUACGGUACAAACAUUCUGGUACAUGUGCGUUUGCUAACCGUAAAUAUGAAGAACUGUCUUACCCCCAAAAUCAGAAAAUGUGCGACCACAUUCUAGUAACUUAAUCGAAAAUGCGACCCCAUUAUAGUCAAUCCAGUUGUGAAAAAGCGACCUCAUCCAGCGGCACAUCUCCAUUAGCCUCUUAUAAGGAAGUACCCCCCGCCCCCUCCCGGGGCUUAAGCUAGCCAGAAAAUAGCAUAUAUUUUUUUUAACCUACAUUCCUCCGUUGGAUUCUCUAGCCUGGAUUCUGUUUCUUGCUUAGGCCUCUUUACCCGAGUCCCCAGUAGUUUCUGUAGUAAUUGAUGGGGAUGGUGGUGUUUGGCCCCAUGCUCAACCCUCAACCUGAAGUCGGGACUCUUCUCCGUUACCCGGCAAUCCUGCAUGGUUAAACCAGACUGAUAUCUCAGCCAGGCUCUUAGGAUCAUUGAAGACUCUCAAGUUCCACAAUCUUUACGAGGUGACAAUACCGAGGGUGUUUUGAGGCAUUUAAAAGUGGUUAGGGACCUAAGUUAUUGGUCUCAAUUGUUUGCGACAUUAUGAACUGUACGUUUUUCUAUUUACAAUGUACCUACCUAUACACACUUUUAACCACUUCUUCAAUCACCUUUGGCUGUUAUGUUAAAUAAUUAUGCGUUGAUUUUGUAUUCUUUUGUAUUUCCUUAACUUGCCUACAGAUUUUUUGAAUUUUUUAUACUUCUAACUAUAAUUGUGAAUUGCAUUUUUCUUGCCAUAAAGAAUGCUCCAGAGGAACCAGAGUAAGUUCAUCCUUCUACAAAAUCGUUCAUUCUUAUAAUAAGAACCCAAAUCUAGCCUAUGACAGCCAAUCUAACUAAAUAAACCAAUCAGAAGUAAUAUUUGGAACCCAAGAAGGAAAAACCGUUCAACCAAAUAACGGCUGAUCCGAACCAAGGGCAGCAAAUUAAAGUAGUUCAGCUAAUUAGCUCCGUUAUUUGUAAAAAUACUUUAACUGAUUAGAGGGCGAGGCUGUUUUUAACGAAUUUGUUUUAACUACUAUAACUGUAAGGUAAAGUGGGGCUGAGUGCGUCGGUUAUUUGAUUCUUGCUUUGGGCUAGCCCUUUUAGCCAUUUCGUUGUCCGCGUUUCCCAAACGGCUAAAGAAUACAACGAGUGCGACGUCAUGGAAGCAGCUAAAGCUUGAUUAACUCACAUUUUGUCUACCAUAGGUACAUAUUUGCGGCAAUCUACACUGUUGAAAUGAUUUUAAAGAUUAUAGCAAAAGGAUUCUGCAUGCACAAAUACGCCUACCUGAGAGAUCCAUGGAACUGGUUAGAUUUUGUUGUUGUAAUUCUUGGGUAAGUGCUUUAGUUUUGUUUUAUUUAAUGCACUGACAUUUCGUGGGUGGGCAUUGUUGCAGAAAGACAUGCAGUUAGCAAAAAUGGCAUAGUUUUAAUUUUCAGUCUGUGUGUGGCAUUUGGGAAUGCACGAACCAAACACUCAUUUCUUUAGCUUUUGGUAAAGUGGUUUUUAUGUUUGAGUGACAUCCGUUGCUUCUCCGGUGUAGGCAUCAGUAAAUGUAGCCAAAAGAUAGAACAGUUAGGGAGCUUAAGCAAAAGCGUUUUUCAGCGACGCAACCGAAAGUGAGACCUUUUCCUUUGUAUUAUGCAUUAACGCCACCAAAUUUGCAGACAAAUGCAAAAAGUCAGCUUCCGGUUGACGCACGUCUCUCAAAAACGUCUUAACUUAAAGUCUCUAAUACGAAACCACCACGGCGACGGCAACGGGAAUUUCAAAAAGCAAUAGGUUCAACGAGCAAAACAACAACUCUACACGUGCAGCACGCUUUUUUGGACAUUUCUUUGCCGUCCCUGCACAACUACGACGUAAAAUGACCAAAAUUUAAGUUUACUUGGGAACGGGAACGGCAAGGUGAUAAUUUCUGCCAUCUCUUUUUGAACUCGGGCUCGGCCCCUUCUCUUCAGCUCUAACGCAAAUUCCCUUUUUUUAAGUAACUUAAGCCCCUAGGGAUAAUUGCGAAAAAAAGGUGACAGGAUGCGAAACCUUUUUAUCAGCGACGUUUUCAUAGACGUCGCCGUUGUCGGAUCGUAAGGUCCCUAUUACCGAGAUGUUGAUGGCCCCAGAUAUGACGAGGGGGAAAUGGAUUGCAACUUGGGAAAAUUAGAUCAACUAAUUUUAAACAGCUUUCUUUGUGUCGCGGCAAAAAGCAGGAAAAUAAUAGUUACGUAAUUUUUGCUAAAAAAAUAGCUGUGCGUUUCAGAGAAAUGCUCACACUUUUAACAAACUUAUGUCGAGAAUUUUCACGGUGUUUUCUUUCAAGUAACUAAUUUUGUCUUUUCUCUUUACAGAUAUAUAACUCUUAUACCAAAUGUUUACAAUUUGUCAGGAAUUCGAACGUUUAGAGUUCUUCGAGCACUUAGGACCAUAUCCACUGUAGAAGGUAAGAACUGAAAAAGUCUUUCAUCUUUCAAUUUUCUUUAUUUCCAAAAAACAAACUUAUAAAGAGUUGAGAAAUGUGGAGGCUUGUCAACGAAAACCCACUGAGUUAAAGAGAAGUCACAUCAAACCCGUUUUCAAAUUAGACCAUUUUACGGUUGUGGGCCAAGCUAGGGAGGGUUGUGGCCUUAGUACCCUAGCCUUCGAGUGAAUGUGAGGCUGAUAAAAGCUUCCUUCUUAUCUAAUGGAAAUAAUUAUUGAAAAAACCUAGUCAGCAAGAAAACAACAUGAUUUACAUAAGAAAGCCGUAAGGGUUGUCUCAAAACAAGGUCAACUCCAGCCUCGUUUCCAUCUGUAACUGUAAAUGGACUAUUGGCUAACAUUCGUUGUCAUCUAUAAAUUAAUUUCGUGGAAACAAGAAGCAAGAUAAACUGCGGGUGAGUAAGUAGAUAAAUCAAUAAACAAAUAUGGAAAUAGAUGACAUUAAAUUAACAAUAAAUAUAACUAAUACACCAACAAAACUCUUUCUUGAUAAUAAAUUAUUCAUAAUGUAAAUUAUGAACAAUGGAAUGUAAAGAUAUUUGAAAGAAAAAAAUUUCUCCAGAGUAAUACCACAUGACCUACAUCUGGGGCAAAACAUAAAAAGAUUAAUAGGUCUAUUGCCUAAGGAUGCUGUUUUGUUUGUGGAGAGUAGAUGGCCAUUUAUAUAGUCCAAUGAAAAGCUGCACAUCAAAGGAGUAUCUACAGUCCGUCCUUAAUUGUUUUUUAGGCUCUGAGCAUUGGUCCUGUCAGCAAUCGAAUAUCGAACUAAACAUCGUAGCCAUGCAAUCGCUGAUGCUUCAGUGGUUUUAAGGGUCUCCCUUAAGAGACGUUUUACUAAAGUUACAUAAAAUCCGGAUUCCUUAAAUGCAUAGCCUGCGAGAGCAUCCGGUUUUUUCGGCUAAAGUUUCUAGUUUCACUCGGCGGGUUAAACUAGAAAGUUGAGCCGAAAAAACCGGAUUCUCUCGCAGGCUAUCAAAUGCACGACUAAUAAUUGUUUUAUCAUUACGAUGUUUAGCUAAAACUGAAUCCGAUUUCAUUGUUUAACACCACGUACCACAGUCCCUUACAUAAACCAAUGACGCAGCUCUUUAACACGUCUUAUUUCUUUUAGGUUUAAAGACGAUGGUAAACGCCUUGCUCAAGUCCAUGUUGAUGCUUUCAGAUGUCUUGGUUCUAACACUAUUCUUUCUCUGUAUUUUUGCCUUGGUCGGGAUGCAACUUUUUGUUGGUCAGCUGAGAAAUAAAUGUGUUGCUUCACCCCCACCCCCUACCUCAAUAACCUACAACAAAUAUAUUACCAAUCAGAGUAAGUAUUACAUCAAUCCAUUUUGAACAAACAGUUGAGCCUUAAGCCACGUGCAAACGGACGAAACGUUGUUGGGAGUUGUUGCGCGUCCGUUUGCGCAGAGCUAAAAGUUUGACCAGUUUUAACAUUUGUGCAACAACUCCUAACAGAUAGCAACAACAUGAAACAAGGUGUGCAAACGGGCUCAACAUGUAACAUUUAACAAUGUUGGGAGUUGCUGGCCAACAAUGUUGAGUCCGUUUGCACGAGGCUUUAUACUUUAGAAAGCUGAAAAAAAUAUUGGCUAUCCAGAUCUUUGUGUUGAUAUCAUCAGCCGGUCAUGGUCUCUUGGAAAUUUGUAAUCCUGUAAAGAUGAACAGAAGCUUGUUUUCAAAUGACUGCUUCAGAAAACAACGCGUAGAGCAACUAAGUUGAAAGGUAUUCCUUAAGCUACGUGCAAACAGACGCAACAGCUACCAACAUUGUUGGCCCUAAACUGUGAAAUGGUGAAUUGUUGGCCCUAAACGUUGGACCGGUUUCAGACUUUGCGCAACAACUCCCAACAACACGAAACAAAAUGCAACGACAUGCAACAACGUGCAAAGGGUGUGCAAAAGGACGCAAAAUGUAACUUACAACAAUGUUCCAUCCGUUUGCACGGGGCUUUUUAAAGUUCCUUUUUUCCGGCGGUUGGUCAGUUCACCUAAAUAUAAUUAACUGCGGCUAAAAACAGUUUUGGAUAGUCUGUUUAAGAGUUUUUGUUUAUAAUCGUCUUAACCACAUAUUUUAUGGCUCUUUCUACUUCAUGGGUUGCGUAAGACAGUAAGAUAAAGUUAUUGGACGGUUUAAAACGAGAAUAUAUGUUACUGACAUAGUAUGGAUGCCUGAGGUGGUGCCAGGUGGUAUGUUUUACCGAUUUAGAUGUAUGCCUUAUUGACCAAGCGCGAGGUCAAGAUGGCUGAAUUUUUGCCAAGUUCUUUAUUUGCGUUCGUGUAGAACAAGGACAAGGUCGGGGUCAAUAUAACCGUCAUCUUAGCCGAACAAUUGCAUGGUCAAAAAAAGAAUUAAUUAUAUGGCCAGGAAGACUUUUUUUUGCGGAACCAAUUUGGGAAAUCCCAAACGGGCAAGAUCAGAUCCAUCAAGCCCGUUCAGAUGGCUAAUCAGAAAACAGGAUUUGCUUCAUCUAGAUAGCUCGUGGAGCCACCCGUUAGUAAAAGAGGGUAAACGGACGAGUCAUCGAAUGAAGUAAUCACGAAAUUGAAACUUGAGUUUGCCAAAGUAGAUACUGUAACUAUUAGAACAAAUGUGCUGCAUGAUUUUUAAAAUAGCUCAUUAAAAAUUGUUUUUUGUAAUAGGUUUCUGGCAUGACGGGAGCAACAACAAACCUCUUGUUUGUGGAAAUUCUUCAACUGCAGGGUAUAAAAUGAUUAUUUCGUAAUUUUUUAAGGGAAAAUUUGAGCCCUUUCCAACCACUUCGCACGCCACGAUUACAUAUCAAAGUGUACGCUAAAUAACACGUGUUUUUAUGUACUCUUUCAGAAGUCGAUUACUCUUAUAAAUACCUCUAGUACAGUUUUCCAUCAAUAAAGCUCUAUUGAAAUUCUUGUGUCCCAGCCGAGAGUGACAAAGUUAAAAAAUCCAAUCACACGAAAGUUUUCUGAAUCGGCUUACACAGCUUAGACCGGCCUUCACUUGCAACUGCGAUUGUAAAGGUCUUAUCUGCCGUCAACGAAGUUUAACCUUCCCUGUAAUGGAUAAUUUCAGCAAUUGAAUGAGUAGAUUUAAGGCUUUUCAUCUUUUCAUCUACCUAAUUCAUUAACCUUUCAAACCAUUUUAUACAGCACAAUAGCACCACAGACUCUUUGAUACACUGAUAAGUCGAAAAUAUAUGUGAUGUCUCCGCACCUCCCUUUUAAACCAGAUAAAAUAUUUGAUAACCUAUUUCCAGCUCUGUUUUUUUUUGUUUUCAGUCACUGCCCUGUGAAUUACACCUGUUUAUCAGUUGGUGAUAACCCCAAUUAUGGCUACACGAACUUUGAUAACUUUGCAUGGUCUUUGGUCACUGCUUUUCAACUUAUAACAAUGGACUUUUGGGAGAACGUCUUCAACUAUGUGAGUAAUGGAACCUCUACCUGUUCAUCUCUUGGCAUUUAACGUAACUAACUCAAACAACCUCAAUAAUUAAGCCUCCCUCCUCAUUCAUGUGCACAUAAUUGACUAGCGAUUGGGUAAACAUGGAUCCUGGUUGGUUAAUUACUUCGAAAAAGUGUCGUCAUUGCCUAAAUUGUUGGUUUCAAAUGGGCGAGCAUAAAAGGUGUUUUUACGUUUUCAAAAAAGAUCAUAAUCAAACUAAACAAGCUUUGGUGAGAAUCAUUGCCUGUCUUAGUUUUAACUUCUUGAAGCUAACAGAAAUCGCUGCCCAGUUAAGAGUUUUAACGGAUACACUGCAAAAAAACAAAACAAUUACUUUGUAUAUUUUUUUUUCGUGUUUUUACCAUACAGGUACUUUCUUCAAUGGGUUCUUGGUACGUGUUUUAUUUUAUGUUCGUGGUGUUCUUUGGUUCGUUCUACCUCAUUAAUCUGGUCCUUGCAGUAGUGGCUGUUUCAUAUCAACAGGAAGUAGUGGCCAUGCAAGAAAGGGUAAGAGAAGCAAAUAAACACUUUGGAAAUCUUUAUGGUAAUCUAACAGUUUUACUCGGCUAAUUACAGCUAUAUUAAGAUGUUAUUUUUUGUGCCCUCCGUCAGGUAAAGACACCCUUAUCGUCUCCGUUACGUGUGCUCAGUAGAACAUGCAAUACUGUGUGGGAUUGUUACAUUGUAGACGUUGUGCAUUACUUUUGUUCUUGUUUUUCAUACAGGAUGCAAAUUAUGAAGAGCUGAAAGCUGUUGCAUCUUCCUACUCAUUUCACGGUCGUGCUGCUCCCAAGCUUCUUGCCGAAAACGGAAAACUUAAUCCUGAAGCUUUGGUAACUAAAUGCAAACUGUCCCUUUGUGUGCCUUGCUUUAAAGGCACUCCGAGCUCAAAAGCCCAAGAACUAAAGAGCGUAAAUGAUGGAAGCCAUGUGAGUCUGCACUACUCACCAAAUGGAUUCAACUCAACGGACAACAAGACAGCCACCGUGGAUAAUUCUACAGUAUCCGAAAUAAAUGAACGUUUGACGACGGCAAAACUGCCGAAUGGAAAUGACAUGCAGAUACGUUUACCGCCCGUUUGCCAAUCCCAAUCCUGUACUAAAUUUCCAACAAACGGAAUUAAAUCAGAGACGGGUCAAAAUUCACAUUCGGGUUCGAAAUUUUUAGAAGUGAAGCCAUCUUGGGCUAGAACGCUAACUGUUAUAAGUGAAAAUGAGACAACAGAAGUUGAAAAUCACUUCACAAGAGAAGAUAAUUACGAUGGACAGAGAAGAGUAACAUUCCCUGAAAUUUCUACAGGAAUAUCACCGUUGGGAACUCCUCGGGGAUCGGUGGGAUCAUUGCGUAAGGGUGAAUCUCAAGAACAAACUUCUAGACACCGUAAGGAGGAUUUAUCCAGAAGGAAAACUAUCUGCAAACGUAUUUCUAAGCUGACGAUGGAUCCUUUAUUUGAAAUGUUUAUAACGUUUUGCAUCCUUUUAAACACCCUGUUUUUGUCUUUGGAAUACCAUGACAUGAACAAGAAAUUCAAAAUGGCUCUGGACAUUGGUAACAUGGUAAGUGUGAUGUACCGAAAUUAUUAUUGCCUGCCCCAAUUAAUCGCACCGGUUGGUGAGGUGGUAAAGGCACUAGUUACCGACAAGAUUUGACCUUAUGUUACCUAUCAUCGUAAAGCCUAUGAAAAUGUGUCGACUCUUCAAACUACUUUUCUUCGUGGGCUUCGUUUAUCUACUGAAUAUGUAAAAAGAACUGACUUAAUUUUUGCAUGGCCGAAUUAACAUCACCGGUUGGUGCAGUAGUGGAAGAAGUAAUUAUAGUGACAAAAAAAAACCGGAAUAAAUAUUCUCAAUGCUUUGCAAUGAUAGGAAGAGCCAUUCUAAGGAAGCGAACAUAGAGUCAAAUGUAGUUACUCUUACUGCCUAAUGUUUUUUUAUCGUCAUUAUUUUUUCAUCAGCCGCUUUCUGUUUCUUUUCCAUUAUUGUCCUCAUUCCCCUACUGAAUUUACCAAAAGAGAUGAUUUUAUUACGUCUCGCAUUCUACUCAGAUGAAAUUUUCUAACGUCAUAUGGCAGUGGAGUGUAUACAUAGCAUGUUUUUUAAGAAAUCGGCUUAUUUUCCUUUUUCCUUUUUAGGAAAUAUCCUUAUAUGUGACUUUUAAUCUGCCAAUAUUUGACAUAUUGGCAAAUGAAACAUCUUUUCUGAACAGGUUUUUACGUUCGUGUUUCUCCUGGAGAUGGUAAUGAAACUGAUAUCGUUUGGUCCGCGUGGAUACCUGAAGAGCCGUUGGAACAUAUUUGAUGGUUUCAUUGUGAUUAUUAGCAUCGUGGAUCUCAUUCUGGAAGUCUCUGAUAUUGGAAACGGUGGUGGAUUUAGUGUUCUUAGGACAUUUAGACUGGUUAGUAGUGUAACAAUCGUUUCAAUCAUUGAGAAAGGCGCAUCUGCCAUUCGUUUUAAAAGUGCACGGUACCAAAUGUGUUAAAUGGUUUCAAUUCAUGGCGGAGAUCGGUUUUUUAAUUCUUUGACUCUUGUAGUUUUUAUUUUUCUUAAACCUUUUUUUUUUGUAUAAUUUGUUUCCAGCUGCGCGUGUUCAAACUGGCUCAAUCAUGGAGGACAAUGAACAUGCUGCUCAGGACCAUCGCUGGCAGUAUAGGUCAGCUUGGUAACCUCACGUUAGUGUUAGGAAUUAUUGUAUACAUGCUUGCAGUGGUUGGAAUGCAGCUCUUUGGAAGGUAAUGUCAGAAUAAAUUGAUUUGGACAACUUUGUACCCUAAAAGGUUUAAUUACAAUACUAGUCUAUAGUGGUCAAUUUCUGUACCUUUGACAGAAAAAUCGUUGUACAGUCUUCACAUCUGUAAGCUCAUUUCAGAGGUUUUCAGAUUUUAUCUGUGAUUUAGGGUUUAAACAACGAAGUUACAUUGGGUUCAGCCGCUACCUACGAAUGUUUCAUAUAUGGCACAUCACCAAUCAGUCAACUUAUGAACUCUACAUCUUAUUUCACCAGUUCUUACACAGAAGAGAAAUUUAAUGGCGACAUUCCUCGUUGGAACUUCAACGAUUUUGGCCGGUCAUGUAUGAUGAUAUUUAGAAUUCUGUGUGGAGAAUGGAUAGAGCCGUUGUACGACUGUAUGAGAGCGACCAGUCCUGUGUCAUUCUUGUUUUUCCUCACUGCAUUAGUGAUCGGUAACUUUUUGGUGAGUCGUAUUACAAUGUUAUAAAUACCACUUGAUUUGUAAACCGACCUUUAUCCGAAUUAGACUGAAGCGAAUGUUCUUAAACUCAUAGCAGUUUUUUAUUUUUAUCCGGUUAGGGGUUGAGUCAUUUUUUUGUGACCUGAUUAUCUUGUCUACUUUAGGUAUUAAAUCUAUUUCUUGCUCUGCUGCUUAACGCCUUUGCUCGUGAGUCGCUGCAAGAUGAAGCAGAGAAGAAAAGCGAUGCUAAACCAAGCAAGUUUUAUCAAGGGGUCCAUAGACUUAGUAAAGUUUUGCGGAUAAGUAACAUGUUACCACGUCGCUCGCAAGUGAAACCAUCAGACGGGUCCCAGACUUCCGCGGAUAUUGGAUCAGUGAGAAACACGGACAACAAGGGUGAGUCUUGUGCGUCAACUUCCAUUUAUUUUGAAGAACUUCUCUAAGAAAAAUCGCAUUCUCUGAAAUUUAGUUAACAAGCUUCCUUUGAGUAUGUUUUUUCUUCUUGACUUGCAAUUUUAACAUGUUAGGCUGCUUUGUCAAAAGAUCAUUAAAGGUUCUCAGUCCCACUUUGCUGUUUUGUGUUAUCUCGAGUACUAAUUUGUACCACAAGCUUAGUUGUCUCCAAAUUACUUUUUAUCAGAUUCCUCAAAUGGAUCUUCAGCUUUGCUGACUGCGGUGACAGCAUUUCAGAAGAAAGGAAGACUCAAUAGAGAUCACAUGAAAAGGGUGAGUGUAUAGCACUGUCACAGCAGUUGUGAAACCUGAGUGUACAUCGCCAACUUUCGUGUUGAUGGACGAAACCCUGUGAAGAGGAAAUUUACAAACAAUUCAAUUUUCAUUCUGUUUCAAAGCUAUUAGUUUUAAUUUUUCCAAAACUUUGAUUUAAUCGAGAUUUUUAAAAGGCACUUCUUAAGUUAAACAGUUGGUGAACCGAAGAUUCUUGGAGUUUGGAAUGCUGGACGCAAAGAGUCAACGGAUAAUGUGUUGUAAAUGUAAUAACAGAAAAUACUUCAAAGCUAAAAAAAAUACAUACAAAACUGUUGUCGACUUCUCGUGUUUUCUAGUCCUGAAUACUGAUUCUCAUUCGAUGGUUGAAAGUGUUAAAUACGGAAGCUUGACACGUGUAUGUGCUACUGUUGUGUAUUCAGCUUUCCAUUGCAAUUGAAGCAGCAAAUAAAGAUUCCGUUACAUCCAGCACAGUACUUAGCUUAGCUCGCUCAUCUGCAACAUUACCCAGCCCGCGACAGAGUGUCCAGGCUGAUCAGACGGGACGACCUUCAGGUGAUCCCGUUAUGACCGAGGUUCAGGAGUGCUGUCCUUGUUGGAUGAAAUUCUGCACCUGCCACUGCAUUUCAAAGUGGAAGGAGUCACGCGGUUAUCGUGCGUGGAGGAGUAUGCGCCAUAAGAUCAAGAAGCUAGUUGAGCAUCGGUAUUUUGAGUGGGCGAUUCUUCUGAUCAUAGUCGCUAGCAGCAUCACGCUGGUAAGAGCAUACGCAUUUCGUUACAUAACAUUUUUCAAUAUCCAUACCGCAACCCUUGUGGCCUUCUUGAUUGUUAAUAUUGAAUUCUCUCAACUAACCCGUCCGUUUUUCGGGAAAUUAAGCAUUUUCCUCAUCCCCCAGAUUUUAAGUCGGCCUCAAUAUAAAGUUUGUUUAAAUUUAUUGUUUAAGAUACUCGAUACUGAAUAAGGGUGUCACUAGAGAGCAUGUCUCAAGGUAUCUCUUUCCUGAGUCUAAAGUACGGCAAAAGGGUACCUAUUCUUUGCAGCACCCAAAGAGAAUAAAAUGGAUCGAGAAAUUACGCGUUUAUGGAAAAAAUUCAAUGAUGGGGCCAUACCAAUGGAACCUCAUCAGGAAAACCAUCUUUUUCUGUUGAUAGUAUUUUGUGCACUUGAUAUGAUAUUUUGCACUCUUCUUGAACUUUUACAGUGAAUUUCAAUCAUACUUCCAUGAGCAAGACGAACAAUCUCUGGUGAUCCAAUUUUUGGUUUGGUUUUCAGGUAUUCGAGGAUGUUCACCUAGACAGUCGUCCUACAUUGAAAAAGGUUUUAAAUUAUCUCAACAUCGUGUUCGCGGUGGUUUUUAGUGUGGAAUUCCUCCUCAAGACUCUCGGAUUGGGGUUUCUUACCUAUUUUAAGAACGUGUGGAAUUGCCUGGAUGUGAUAAUUGUUGCUGUAAGUAAAGAACAUUAAAAACAGUGAAAAGCUAAAUUAUGAUAUGAUUGAGAAAGGAAUGCAUAAUACAUUAGUUUAGCAAACUAGUAAUUGAUAAUUUAAAUCGUAAUAAGAAAAAUUCAGUAAAAUCUGUAAUAAACCUGUCAUUCUCUGUAACAUUAAGAACGAACCAACUUCAUGUUACUUGCUACUAAGAUCACAGGCAUCCCAAAUCCAUUAAGCGAGCGCUUGUUGAAAUUAACAGUUUAAGACCGAAUAGCAAAACCAGCCCAAAUUGCCUCAGAAGUACACAUGGACACAAAAUACAGCACAUGUAAUUGUGUUUUAUUUCGUUUCGUCACAAUAAGCUAAGAUAUGGCGGAUUUUCUUGAAUUUUUACCGUUCCGAUAAAACUCAGUAAAUCGCUUCAUUAGGCAUCAAUACCAGAUGUAUUAAUUUUUAACAAGCGCUCGCUUAAUGAGUUUGGGAUGCCUGUGCUAAGAUUGAAUGAGCUACCUAACGAACCCGCUUUUCCGACAUCUGUUUAUAACGGACAGUUUAGUUCGUCCCGACGAGAAGCUUAUUAUAUAUUUUCUCAUAAGAUUAACCCGCAUAAUAUGGACACCGCUUGGUACGGACGAAGGACACUUCUCUGUGUUCCGAGCCACGAACUCACAUAUCUCGUCAACUCCGCUUUACCACCACUGGUUAACUGCACACCGACCAUUUUCCAUAUCACAAUCAUUUGCUAGCUCAUUCUUGACAUUAGGCAUGUCCAAAUAAGGACAUAUUCCUAUGGGUUAAUGUGAUGUUAUUUUUUAAAAAAAAGUAGCCAAAAAGUGUGAGACAUUUUAUUUUGAUAAGUCUAUAGUUGGCUGUAGUGUUGAUAUGAACCUUUUCUGCCUUGUACUAAAUAAAUUUCACUUCCUUGGCACCAUUUGCUGCUGCAAUCACUGCUCCCACCCCUACUUUCUCUUUAAUUCUGUCUGCCUUUUUUUCUAAGAGCCCGCUUGACCUGACGGCCACGGCACCACAACCGCAUGUCAACUUAGUGUCCGUGAACCGCGUUCCACAGGAUCACCAUGCACUGUCACCAGAGCCCCUCAGUCAGGGGUAAAUUACACAUAUUCCCGUGGUAACUCUUGGGUUUAGCUUUAUGGACAAAACUACAGUGUUACACACUUUUCAGUCAGUUCAAGUACCCACUUUCGUUCUUCAGUAUUCACUUUUCGAAUUUCACUUGCAUCAAAUCUGGAUCCUGAUUUUUUUUUUUUUGCUCUCUUCAGAUAACUAACAUUCUGCUUUUCUUCCAUUUGCCACGUUGACGUCCUUAUGUUUAGUACCUUUGCAGAAUUUACCCUCAGAAUUCCGAUUUCACUUACAAAUUCUUUAAAAUUUACUCCAUCACGGUAAAGAUUAAUAUUAUAAAGGAAAUUAAGGGAGAUGUAAAGAAUCAACCAUAAGAGGACACAGAAAAAAAUCUGAGCCCCAGAUGGGAUUCGAACCUACGACCCUCCGUGUUCUAGAAUUUCUAGGAUGUUGUACAGUAACUUAUUAUUUGUAAUUCGUUCCGACUGUCAGUAAAUAACUGAAUAGGAUGAUUAGGCUCUCAAAAACCUAAAACAUUGAUACCAUGCCUCGUCCUUCCCCCACUUUUAUUGAUUGUGUUUUGCUUCUUAAGUUAGACACAUUAUUAAACCAUGCAUAUAUAGCGCUUUGGUUGUUCAGUGAUAUUUAUCUUUGGCACUUAAACAACUAUGUAAUUCCAGUUUGAGCAUAAACAAAGUAAGACCGAAAACUACCAUUUAAUUGAAUUCUUUACUUUCAGAUAUCCUUACUCACGGCUGUAGAAUCUGUCGACGAACUUAACUCUGUAAGAAUCUUAAACUGUUAACCAUACCAUAAACUGACUAAAUUUUUAAUAUUUUUGUUCAGUGCAUGAGCAUUAAUGAAAAAUCAACAAUUAACUUUGCGUUGGACCAGCUAUACACUAACUCAGCAAAAGAUAAAGAUUAGCCUAGAAGCUCUACUAAACCUCACAAAAUUCUGUCACAUAUAGUCUCUUUCCCGUAAAGCACUAACCUUUUUCCUUAUCAUAACAUUGCAAUAAAACAAUAAUUUAACUGAUUUUGUUUGAAUAGAGUUGCUUAAACAAUUGGAAAAAAAAAUAGCCAUCGAUCGUGGUUGUUGGUAAUACUAUUUCACCUCAACCUUGCUGACAAGAUGAAAACAUCGGUGAAAGGAGAGGAGAUUUCAAUACCUUUGUAUGCAACUGAAACGAAUUAAUCUGUAAUUUAAAUUGACACAUACAUGAGUGAAAUGGAACUUUAAAAUCAACCUAAUAUUAACGAGACACUUAUUUCAUCCAAAUUUGAUUGUAAACGAUGCUCACAACGAGGUUCGCUGUACCUCUGGUUUCCAUAGCAGCUGAGCAAAUGUCUGUUAUGCAAGAAGGAAAAUUACUAUUUAAAAUGCUCAGAGUAUACAGCCCUUGGGGCCAGUUCAGGCUCCGUACUUAGCAUGAACCGAAUCGAAUUCAAAGAAUUAACGGCGUCUUAAUCAAUCUGAAUCGGAUGAUUGAAUUUGGAUCGGCUCAGCCUUGAAUAACAGCUGUGCACCAGCGUUGAUUCAGACGCCGAACUUCACAUGGACCGAACUAGAUGCAUAAAUUCUAUAAUGAGAAUGCGCGUUUUUCCCUUUUGAAUUUAUUUAUAAAUUAAAGAUCGGCGUCUGAAUCAAUUCAGACGGCCUGAAUUAAUUUGAAUUGGUCUAAAUUCUAAUUCGAUUCUGCUCAUGUGAAGUACGGCUUCUGAACCGGCCUUAAUCAGAUUAUCAAGGUGUUACUCUUCUGACUCUAUGGGUUUGACCAUUCAGUCAAAUGAAAGCCAGUACUAAAUAAAAGUACUUUUCUCUGGUACAUAUUCUUAGUGCUUCACGAGAUUGUUUUCUUGGAAGCUUUGACAAUGAAAUCCUUUUACUAUUUGUUACGCCCACCCUAAGGAUGAAACUAAGGGUCGCCAAGAAUUAAUAUUGAUAAUGACUGUUACUAUCUUACAGAUUUCUUUGACUUCUGUGGCCAAUCAAACGUCCACAAACGGAGACAGCGACAGUAGCCUCUCUUCAUUUCGUUCCAUUCGUACAUUGCGAGCACUUAGGCCACUUCGGGCUAUAUCACGAUGGGAGGGAAUGAAGGUAACAAAAAUCUUAAAGAUGUCAACGGUAUUAACUACAUGAGUGUGCCUUGCAACAACAUUGGGUCACGCUAGUUUUAAGCUGUUCGCACUGUGCUGGAUAGCUUUUGAGCGGCAACGAAAAUCAUGUCCAUAGAAACCGAUAGAGCUUUUGUUCAAACACAAGAAACAGAUGUUGAUUUCGUCGCGAUUUCUGGGACGGACCAAAGCUGUGCUUCGUCGAUCACGAAAGUGGAGAGUCACAUAUCAGAUAGGUUUUGUGCCAUACUUUGGUGCAGUGUGAACACCGUAGAUAAAUGAGGGGGGCGCGGAACCCACUGAGGGGGAAGUAAAUAUUCACGAGUUAGGACUGGAAUUGAGUGCACCAAACCCUCUCGGCCAACCAUGCUGCUGGGACGAUGUGAACGACUUUUGUCGCCCCGGCGGGCCGUUGCUGUUCAUACUAGAGACCUUAAGAUCCGACGACGGCGACGGCAACGAGAAAGUCACAAAAGCAAUGAGUUAAAUAACCAAAAAACAAUUUUGCACGGGCAGCACACUUUUUUGUACAUUUCUUUACCGUCACUGCACGACUUCGACUUGAAAAUGCCUAAUUUCACGUCGCACAGAGGAAGUACACAAGCGCCUACGAAAUUUCCUCCCUCUUUCUGAACUUGGAUAUGGUUCCUAGGAAUUCAACUUUAGAAGGGUUCACCUUAAUUUGACAAAGUUAGUGACUUGGAGUAAUCGUAAUGAAGAUUGAAAUAACGCGAAUUCACUUUUAGUGACGUUUUCUCUGCCGUCGCCGUCCUCGGAUCUUAAGGUCCCUACUCUCCCGGAUUGUACCGGAUAGCUGUUCGUGUUGACACGACGCACAAAAAGCUAUCCGGUAUAGACUUAUUAUGAAAAUAGCCUUAAAGUAGAGGUUGGACAUCCAAAUACAGUAUUACAGCCGGAUAUAAUAAAGUCCCAAAGGAUUGAUAGAAUGUGUUCGCUUUAACAGGGAGACUUUUCCCCUUAGUCUUAUUUCAUACAUUCUGUUGUAACUAAUUGGGCCGGGAGGGACGGGUAAGCCGCAUAUGGUUUGUUAUACCGGGGACGUUGUUAUACAGCUGGGUUCCACUGCUGUAGCGUUCUACAAACUGUGGUUGGUACUGCUUGGAUGAAUAUCAACAGGUUUUUAAAAUUUCACUGAUACUACGUAUAGAAACCAUCACAUUUUUUAGUAGUUCCCCUUUUUGAAAUUUGUAGGAAUAGCGGUACUUCAUUCUUCCGAUAACAAUUUAACAUGCUACAUUAAAUCUGUGUUUUUUCGAAGGUUGUGGUGAAUUCAUUGCUGUUUGCGAUCCCCGGUAUCGGUAAUGUACUGUUGGUUUGCAUGGUGUUCUGGCUUAUAUUCAGCAUUGUUGGAGUGCAAUUUUUUGGUGGUAGAUUCUUCAAAUGUGUAGAUGGUGAUGGGGAGCGGUUACCUAGCAGUGUAGUGCCAAACAAAAGUGCAUGCAUGCAGAAUGCAGACUAUCGAUGGAUAAAUUCCAACAUCAACUUUGAUAACGUGUUUAAUGGUCUCAUUGCUCUUUUUCAAGUGGUGAGUUUGUUCACGAUUCUUUCUUUGAGUUAUUAAAAAUUUUUCAAGACAAAAGCUCGGGUAACUUUCCUUUAAGGUAACUUGGUAGGCAAGCAACACAUUUUGUAGUAAACUACCACGAAAUACAACAUCAACAAGGAAAGGCAAUGGAAGAGCGAGAUAAACUCAGGUUACACCACAGGUUGUCCAGACUCUGUGGGACUGGUCUGCCUGUGGUAUACAGUUUCCUGUGUGUUGGUGUCAGCGCUCCGUCUUUGCCUGUGUUUAAGGCCAAAGUUAAAAAUUAUUUUCACCCAACUAGCCCACCACCUAGCUAAUUAUGACCACUCAUUAGCGAUUAGCCUGUGUUAUUGGCAAUUAACUGAUUAAAGAUAAAGGAAAUUAAUGAUAUUAUGACACGAAACCCACGUUUGUCUUGACGCUAAUAAAAAUUUGAACUGAGAUCAGGGAGUACUACAAAAACCACAGGCUUAAAGGAAACAGCGGAUUAACACCCUUCAGGCUGAAAUUUGGCCGAAAUAGCACCUAAGAACGGAUUCAGCCUGACAAAAUAAGUAUCUUCGACAUUUACUCAGGUACGCACAAGUAAAGUAUUACAGUGCGACUACUAUAACCGGGGCCACCUAAUAGACAAAGUUGACCAAUCGGAUUACACGAAAAUAACAAUACAUUCCUAAAGAGUUGGUGGUCAAUCACAAUAACUACGAAAUGAAAUAAAAAACAUGCAUCGAAAUCAACCAAAUACAACCUACAGACGUGAAAAUUUGAACCCGCUGAAGAAAGACUGUGUUUCCGUUAGAGUGAAUGAUGGGGACAAAAAACGUAAAAGUUAGUUAUAUUUUUUGACUUGAGAUCUCAUGUCAUUAAAAAGCGCGGCAGUGGUAGCGAAGAAAUUGCCAGUAGAUGACAAAAUAACAGAUUGGUGUCAAACAAAUAUGUCUCCUGGGUUUUAUAUGUAAAGUUUCGAAUAGAAAAACAUUGUCUGUUGAAACACUUUGCUUUCUUCAAAAAUGUCUGCUUUUCAAUUUCGUACUUCGAGUACCUUAUGUUUUUUUGCGAGCAGCUGAUUGGCCCACAACUAACUUUCUUGGAAUGUAUCGUUAUUUUUCCGUAAUCUGAUUGCUCAAUUUUGUUUAAGUGAUCGCUCUGCAAGGUUGUUAUGAGGCGAGUUACGAACUGUCAUAAUUACUUUUUAGGCCACGUUUGAAGGAUGGAUGGAGAUCAUGCGAGAUGCCAUUGACGCCAGGGAGGUACGAGAAACUCACAAUUUGAUGUUCAUUUUUUAGCACCUUUGACACUUUAAAUUAUUCGAGAUCAUAUAUACUUAUAUAUUGAAAUGGUGAUGAAAUUAAUGUUACAAGACUUAUAACCCAUUUUCCUCUCUCUUCACAAUAAAUGGAUAUUCAUUUUUAACGUGAUAUCGUGGACUGAAUAUGAAGGUAAUUGAUGCGCACCAAAGAACUUUACAGUGCAACUACUCGAACCGGAACACUUGAAAGAAGAUUGUUCAAUCGCCACGAUUUCUGAAAACAAAAGAUUUUCAGUUUUUUCUUUGCAAAAGGACCAAUAACAUUCCUAAAUUUGAGAGCUGUUUUCUGAGAGGUCGGGUAAGUUAAAACGGUUUUAAAAUUUUUAACGAUUACAUAGUUGUAUCUUGAAAUUCAUUGGUCCGUGUGCACUGAAGAAAACGGAUAAUAUUUUGUUUUCAAAAAUGGUUAUGAUUGGAAAAUCUUCUCCUAUAUGCCGCGGUUCGAGUAGUCGCACUGUAAAACUUGAAGCCGGUUGCAAACACUAUGAUUGUUCUGAUAUUCUUGGGACUCAUUAGUUUUAAAGAGCAAGUUCAGUUAGUCCAGACAAAUUUUGAUUUCGCACUUUCUCCUAAACCUGACGUCUGUUUCGUCCAAGUGAAGAAAGAAAGACGGUACUCGUUAGUUUUACACAAUACAGUGUAAGCUUUCCCAUCCUCGGAGACCCAGGGGCUGUUAGCUGGUCCGGAAAAACGGCGGCUAAAGAUUUCACUAAAGACGGUCGAGAGAACCCCUGGAAUGCUACUCUUAACAAACCAGUUCCACUACUCAUUCAAACGCUUAUCUCUGAUUGGGCACAAGAAAUAUUUUUGUGCCCAAUCGAAGGCCAGCAUCUAUCGCGCUACUUUCUUGUACGAAGAUGUUUACCAGCAAAUUCGACUGUUCGCCAUACACGUCUGGCUCUCUUAAUUGUUCUUGAAAACUUUCGCAGUUUUUUCCCAACCCGACAAACCGCCCCGGUGGCUCCUCGCGAACACUUGUCUAUUGUUGGAUCCAAAGUCGGCUGGCUGCAUGCCUCUAUAAUACGGACACCUCCGUUAUGCGGUUGACCUGCUAAUAUGUCACUUUGGUGUCCGUGUUAAAGAGCCUUGACUGUGCUAAGGUGUUGUUUCUCUCUUCAGCUCGACGAACAGCCAGAAAGCCAACACAGCUUUGCUUCUUAUUUGUACUUUGUGGUGUUCAUUAUCGUUGGCUCAUUCUUUACUUUGAAUCUCUUUAUUGGAGUCAUCAUCGAUAACUUCAAUCGGCUCAAGAAACAGGUAAAACAAAGUUAACAAACUUUAUAGCGCUUGUUUGCCGUUUGUCUCACUGCAGUCUCUUUUUCAUUCUUAUUUGUGGCGUUUCGACCGCGUAGUGCUGGUCCUCAACAGGCAAUCGCGUCGAUUUUCUGUGCAGGACUUGGGUGAGAUUCGUAUCGCACAAGCACGAUGCUACCAUAUGCGUAGAAGAAAAAAAAAAAAGAAACACGAUACUGCGGCAUGGCACACUGACACCAUCGCCUGAUGAAGACCAACUACACGCGGUCGAAAGGUCGCGAACAAUAACUAGGUAACUAUCGUGAGGCAAACGCUAAACUGACGAGCCAUAUCAUGCACAUGACGCGAUGAAUAAAAACUUUCAUAAUUUUCCAUUUAACGUUUACGCUGCUGUCUUGAAAAGGUGUCGUCUCUGGCUUGUGUCUAAGGAAGGUGAAGGAAUGUCCCCCGACAAGAGAUCUCUUGUGUAUGCCCAUAUCAAUGAUCAUUUUAAGAUAAUUUCUCUUUAUUUCUGCUAAUAUAUAGUUUUUUUUAAAAUAACCAUAUGAUUACAUUGCAUGCCCUUGUGGUUCAAGAUUCUUCCGGCCUUUUUUCGGGCGUCCAUGGCCAAUGAAGACCGCAUUUCAGUUUCGCAGGGACGGAAUAGUCCCUGAUGACAAAUAAGGAGGGGUUGCGCAUUGCCUUCAAAUCAAUACCUAUAACGCGUUGGCUGUAAUUUCUCCGAAAACUACUGAUAAGAAUCAUAAACACAUAUCAUAGUAGUACUUUUGCAAUUUUUUCACGGCUCAAUUCUUCUACAGUACGAGGACAGUGGCGCACUAGACAUUUUCUUGACACCGUCCCAAAAGGCUUGGUUCAACACUCUGAAAAAAGCAGCCAAUAAGAAACCUAAGAAAAUGAUCAGCCGCCCAAAGGUUAGUACUUCAUCAUGUAAAACUUUCGACUGUUCAGCGACGUGAGUCCUUGACUUAAUGCAUCUAAUUUAUAUACAACUGUUAUGUUUUCCUUCGUACUAAUCAAUUAAUCCGAUCUCUAGUUUUAUUGAAGCUCGUUUACGGGGGGUCUAGAUAAAUGACAAACCACAAAAGAUUGAUUAAAUCGGAUGUGAGCAACUGCCCAAGUUUUCAAAAGAUAAAAUCCUAUGUUGAAAAGUUAAAGAAAGUCUUGUUGGGCAGAGCAAUAAUGGGAGCUUAAGAAAGUAAUUAGAAAAUUCAAAAACUGGAUAACCACUUGCAAAAACCUGCAGAUAGGGGAGGAGGUAGGGUGAGUGGAUGCUAACACAAAGUCACGUGCAUUCUAUCGUUCGAGGGGGUAAUGACAAUUGACCAAUUACCUUAGCACGGCGCAUAACAAUUAGAUGCGGUUAAAAGCAACUCGACAAACCAAAAAUUUCUCUCCUUAUCAAUUAACUCAAAGCACUACGAGGAAACAUAAAAAUCCUAUUUGCCCGCAAUAUUUCUUGUAUGCCACUUCGCUGAAGACACAGGAUAAUACAGAUGUAGAUAUGGAAAUUUGUCUUUUGACCAUUGCUAAACGGCGCCUGGGAUAUCUUGAAGUCUUUCCAGCCAUGAUCGCGGUUACCUUUCGGGAGAUGAACAGCUCUGACAGCUCUAGCUAGUAUAUUCUUUUUUUUUUUUUCAGUUCUCCUUUUACACAAAAACUACGUCGCUGUAAUCUAUGAUCUAUACCUAGGAAUCUGUUUAUAACAUCCCAAUAGAUGUGCGUCUCUUUUUUGUAUUUUAGGUGUGGUGGCAGGCUCGUCUGUUUGAUAUCAUUCACAGCUCUAAAUUUGAGACAGCAAUAAUGUUGCUGAUUUGUCUUAAUAUGUUGGUCAUGAUGAUUCAGCAUUAUGGCCAAAGCCAACAAGUCAACUUGACCAUGAAUAUCCUUUUAUUUUGUUUGUUUUUUAGCAUAGUAGUGUACCCGCAAGUCUUACGUAGUCAGUUUUGUCAUGCUCUAGAGUAUAGACAAUGAAUGACGGGGAAAUGAUGGUGCAUUUUUUUCUCGUCUUGCCUGAAGGGCAAUUUUUAGAAUUUUAAGAGAAAAGGUCGACGGAAUUAAGCGUUCAAAAAUUGCACCGUUAUUGUAAACAACAAGUUGACCGCAACAUUCCAAAGUCUACACUCGUAUAGAUCAUGAAAGUGACAUUAAAAUGUUCAAAACUUUCAAGUGAAACUACUCGCCUGCGGCUUCUACUUGAGUUUUUGAACAUUGACGUCUUAUUCUAUAAUCUAUGAGUGAGGAAUGUAGAUAUUAUUUAUACGACAAACUGAGGUCACUGAGGGUGUGAACGUGUCCCUGUAUCUAUCGCACGUAAUAGCUUUUACCAUUUCACAGUCAAACAGUCCACACGGAGUAAUCAUGAGAAAGUUGGAGCCAUGACUUUGUACAACUCAAUAAACAGCAUCACAACAGUUCGGAUAGUGUUACUUAUAGUUUUCGGCUGAGCAUUUUAUACACUCACCACUCAAACGUUAGAACCAUCUCAGUGUACAGUAUAAUAAUCUAUACCAAAGGAAACGUCGGUCGACUUUAAGUUCACCGCGGCUUACAUUUAGCUGCUAUGAAACAGGAUUUCUUCCAUGAACAGACCUGACAGACUCAAAAUCUAGAACUAAAAAAUAGAGUGGGAUGGCAUUUUAAAACAAACAAAACUGGAACAACCUUAACUCGUAUCCCGAUAUUUCUCGGGUCCUCACAUAUAAUAAAUCUCGUAUUUACUGCGAUAUUUACCUUGGAGGCAUUUGUCAGGAUUAUAGCUCUUCGCCUGCAUUAUUUCACACAGCCGUGGAAUAUCUUUGACUUUACCAUCGUUAUUCUAUCAAUUAUAGGUAAGUUUAAAAAUAGAAUGUCAUUUUAAAAGCAAUUGAUGGCUGUGGUCGUUACUUAAUCACUUGCUUUUAACUUCAAUAUAUAUUUUACAACAUUUUGCUUAGUAUUUUCAACUUCUUUUGGUCUUUCUGCGGUGGAAAAAGUCAGUGAAAAAGUGUUUUCUUUAUCGUUGAGCCUCUCGUUGGUGACCACCAAAGUUGCUGCCAGACUUAAGCGCUGUCACUUAAGGGCUUAGUCGUCUACUAGAGAUUGCAACUGUAGUGCUGAAAAAAAAAAAUUGGUGUUCUGGAUACUGAUGAAAUAAAACCCAUUGUUUCACAAGAACACUUAAAAUAUCCUUUAUUUACAUCCAUAUUUGAGAGAUUUGCAUGAUAAGACGAAAAAGAAAAAAAAACCGAAGUUACGACAAAAUAUGCGAUUCACUCGACACCUCCUAUCAUGGCAACAAUCCUCCUUCGUAUCCAAUACCGGCUCCAGAAUUGAGCUGUUCUGUUUUGCUCUUUAAGAAUCUUUAUUGUCCAAUUUGGUCGCACCUUUGGAGUCAUGUGGCAUGGCUGAUAUCGUUAAAAUAUGGCGAACUUUGUUCAUACACGUUCCUGUAACCGUGGGUCUAAAGUACAAGUUAUUUUAUAUUCAGUAAAGCUGCUUUUAAAACCACAAAGUUUGUUUCGCGCAUCGAUACUCCAAUAACAUACUUAUUUGGUGUUCUUUAUAGCAGGUCAAGUAAACACUUGACAUUUAUUGUGAAAUGCGGUGCUUAAGAGCAUUCCAUUAGUGUUGUUUUUUCAGUGUUUAUUAGCGAGUCAGUCACCCAUUCCCGCAAUUGUGCUGCGCGAGUUUUUUAAAAACUGAAUUGAAGUGAUUGAAGAAUGCUAAUGAUGGGUUCUUUUACCGUACCCUCAGUUUUUGGACCGGAGUUUAACUUCACUGCGUAUUGCAUUGCAGUAACUGAAUGUUUCUUAAAGUUUUUCUCGAGUGGCCCGGUAUACGUAGUCAAUAUUUUUCGAAAAAUAUUGCUCAUUUAAGGGAUUUACUUAUCUCUGGUUUGUUCUAUUAGGACGUAUCAUGCAUCCAAAACUAAAAACGGCAAAACUACCGUUCUGAACAACCUUUCCUCUAGUUAUUACAUUAUUUUGAAAAAGUGGAGAUUUGAAGUAAGUUGAAUCCCUCAUCUGUCGAUGUCAUACUAUUAAUUUUCAAACAAAACGAAAACAACAGAACACGUAUUGCUGUGACAUCGGCAUGAAAUGACGUGUACUCACCGCUCCAAAGACUGAACAUGAUGUAAAGGAAUCUAUUUUUGUCAAAAAACUAUUUUUGUUGAUCUUUCUGUGUUCAUUAUGACGACUUGAGUAACACUGAGACUAGAGAGGAUUGAGGUUCCCUGCAGCCAGCAGAGGCCUCUUGUCCCUGAUAUUCGGCUGGUGGGGACGAAAAGAGCCCUCUGCAUGCUAGCGGAAAAUAUAGUCGAGGCGGUAAAUGUCGUAAGUUCCCGGAGUAACUAGGGGGAAGAAGGGAAGUGAAGGCCUUUGUGGGAAUUUUAGGAAAGGUGGAGAAGUUGGCAGGCAUGGAAUAGCAGUGUGGGAGACGGCGGGAGCCUGGAAAUUAGGAAAACGACGUCACUAGCAAAGAGGCCGAUCAUACUGACUUGGUCCACAGUCCUCUCUUAUCCGAUUCAUAAGUGGUCACGGAAAGGUUGCGAGUCUGCGAAUGAUUUUUUAUCUAUUAAGGUUUUCUUCACAUAAGACCGGUUUCCGAGAUCUCGCCUUCUAAAUCCUUUGUAAAUCAUUUGUAAUAUGUGUUCAUAUGAGAGGGCGGGCUUGAGGCGCUAACUUAACUAACGAUACUACAAACAGUACAAUACAUUAACUGGCCUUAAAAAAACUAAUUAACAAUAGUAGUGAGCUGACUGCCAUGGUCGGAGACCCAAGAGCAGUCAGUCGGGUCGAGAGAAAAGGCCGUGCUUGAAAACUUUCGUCCGGCCCGACUAACCGCCCGUGGGUCUCCGAGGAUUGCUGACUAAAAUUCAUACUUGGUUCCGAGGCUUGUAGGAAUAUAAAACAAGUGAAAGAAAUUAUCUUGAGGCUCAGCAAAGAAUGAUACAUUUCUCUUUUGCUUUAUUCCCCAAGCCUCGUAGCCAAGCAUGAAUUUUAAUAUAUCGAAAUUGGUCAACUAUACAUAAUACGAAAAGAAGCAAAAAGAAAAAAAAAAUAAAGAGGUGAAAAUGAAAAAAAAAACAACGAGAAUGAAAAAUUCCUUAAAGAUCACGUGGAAAGCUGUUAGUUGAACACGAAUCCUUUAAUGGACUAUUAGAAAACUUCAGUGACGAGUUAGACGAAAGAAAACAAUGUCAAAAAUGCUAUUCAUGUUUGAAAAUCAUAACGUCUCAAAAGCGAGAAGGUCAUUUGGGAACGAGUACUAGUUUUCCUAAUGCUUCUUCUUCUUCUUCCCCUAAGAAGAAUAACGAUGAGGAGAGUUUAUUUACGCCACUUCUUCGUAAUAGAGACUUUUUCGUAAGAUUGAAGUUUAAACUGGGACUCAAGGACCUUCAAAAACAUUUUUAGCCGAGGGGUUUUGUUACUGGUUCUUUAGCCCCGUGAUGUAGGGUGUGGCUAGCAGCAAAUUUGUCAGCGAUUGGUGGGAGGCAUAGAGUGAGAACACUUGGUAGCGUCUGAGGUUACCGUGGUUACAUAGGCCAAUGGACAUGAGCACAAGACAGAUACUAACUUCAGUUCUGCCUUACAGCAAGUUUUCUGAAAGCAAAAGUUACUGAUUCGCCCCAUUGUCUGUUAUCAGACUGCUCAAAUGCACCAGUCAGUUUACGGUUGAACCUCUAGUAAGCGGCCAGUAAUCAAAGUCCUGAAAUAAUUAUAGAAAAGAAUGGGAGCUGAAACCUAUAUUUAACGGUCAUCGAGCGCUUGAUACAUUUAGUUUGGUUUUAUUUCAAGAAUAUGAUAAAGGAAAAAACAGUCUGUCAUAGGAGGUGAUGACCGACUGUGGACCAGUAAUGCUGCUCCCGUCACGUGUUUGUUUCAAAAUAAAGUGAUGUUUCUGCUAAAGAUUAUGCUCAUGCUAUGCUAGUGAGCGGCCAACCCCCAUUAAUCGGCCACUUGCAGUUACCUGAAGCGUGGCCGCUUAUUGUAGGUUCAACUGUAUUUCAUUUUACAUUUAUUCUUAAGCCUUUGUCUGUUUUAUUUCAGGUAUCAUUCUAGAAUACCUUGACUACAAGUUAUUCGUCACUCCGAGUUUAUUUCGCGUGGCACGAGUGUUCAGAAUAGGUCGACUGCUGCGGUUUUAUAAAGGAGCACGCGGGAUUCGCAGGCUUCUCUUCGCUCUUGUCAUCUCUCUACCAGCACUGUUCAAUAUUGGAGCUUUGUUAUUUCUCGUCAUGUUCAUUUACGCCAUAAUUGGCAUGUCAUCGUUUGGUUAUGUCAAGAAGACUGGCGCACUUGACGACGUGGUAAAUUUUGAGACGUUUAGCAGUAGUAUGCUUCUUUUGUUCAGACUUUCUACAUCUGCAGGAUGGAACGAUGUUCUUGAACCUUUAUUAAUUCAGCCUCCUGACUGUGACGAGAAUUACAUGGGACAACCGAAUGGAAAUUGUGGAAUUCCAUGGCUUGCUACUUUAUACUUUGUCUCGUUCAUACUUUUGACUUUCUUAAUCAUCAUCAACAUGUAUAUAGCUAUUAUCUUGGAGAACCUAAGUCAAGCUCAUGAACAGGAUGAAGUUGGAAUCACGGAUGAUGAUCUAGAAAUGUUUUAUGCGCUGUGGGAACGUUACGAUCCAGAUGCCACUCAAUACAUUCUUCAUUCACAGUUGUCUGACUUUGUCGACAAUCUUGAACCGCCUUUGAAAAUCCCUCAACCAAAUAAAUUUGCGUGUAUUCAUUUGAAUAUUCCUAUUAAGCAAGGAGAUAGAAUUCACUGUUUCGAUGUCAUGCAAGCUUUGGUACGACGAGUUAUUGGAGAAAUCGAAGAGGAGGGUUCGGUUGCGUUUACUCUUAUGAAGUCCCGGAUGGAACAUCAUUUUAUCAGCGCGUUUCCAAAACGCGCAAGAACGCAAACCGAAAGUACAACAUUGAAAAGAAUUCAAGAAAUUCGUGCCGCUACAAUCAUUCAGCGCUCCUACAGACAGUACCGCUUCCAGUUAGAAUUGAGAAAAUUUAGGCUUCAAAAAAGUCACCAUUUUGAACACACUGCAUCUUCUGGUUCCUUGAAAGAAGAUUGGCAGCCCGGUAUCCAAAUUGCAGUGCACGAACGGCAACAGCCUGAGAACAAGUCGCGUGACACUUUAACUAUUACCCCGGAUGAAAGGAGGGCGUGAUUAAGCAGAGUCCUCGCGCUGGCUUGCGAAGAACAAAACAAUAGUCAAUUGGGGUAGCCUUAAAGCUGCAACUAUAAAGCUACCUUGCAAAUUUAGAUGAGUGUUAAAUUUUUAUUGGUUUUUACAGUCAGCUUUUGAUUAGCCAAGACAUUUUUUGAAUGUGAAAGAUUUCCUUUCAAUUGCCUACAAUUUAAAUCGUUUAGAAUUAUACUACACCCUUGAAUUGGAUGUUGGAAAAGAAGUUAAAUUUUAAAUUGCCCUUACAAAUUUAAAGCCCUCGAAGAGAAAGAAUCUAAAAUAUUUUUUGAACGAAAUGGACUCGAUAAACUUACAACUACGAGCCUCAUUUCAGCGUGAG